CUGCGCCUGUGCUAGCUAACAAUGCAGCACAAUAACCAAGGCAGCCAGCUCUCAAAGAGCUUCUAUGAAGUGAGAGCAAAGACGGCAGCAGGCGAGAGGUGGGGUGACAUGCUGUGGACCCUGUGCUCGCCAAGCUCCCGGGUAUGAGAUCACAAAUGAGAGAAUGACGUCAGAGGUGGAGGACGAAAUCCGGCUUAUUAGUGGAGGGGUAUCUGAGCCACUAGUCAUCCAGGAACUUCUGGAAAGAUUACGAGAGCUUGAGGCUGAAAACUCUGCUCUUGUGCAAGCCAAUGAAACUCAGCGGGAAACAUAUGAGCGUUGCCUUGAUGAGGUUGCAAACCAUGUUGUGCAGGCACUUUUAAAUCAAAAGGAUCUUCGGGAGGAAUGUAUAAAAUUGAAAAAGAGGGUGUUUGACCUUGAGCGUCAGAACAGAGCAUUAGGUGACCUCUUUCACCAAAAGCUGCAGCGCUCCUCAGGAUCAUCCCCGGAGUUGCAUCCACUGCAGGCUGUAUCUGACUCUCAUGGAGGUGAUCUAGAGAGGCUGCCGGUGUCUCUUCCACAGGGACAAUGUGCAGUGCAGAGAGAGGAGAAGCAACGCUCUGGGAGAGCCCAGUCAUCUUGUCGCUCCUUGGAUGCCAUGUCUCCAUUCCUCAGGAAAAAGGCUCAGAUCUUGGAAGUUCUACGGAGAUUAGAGGCAACAGGAUCUCAGUCUGGAUCAAGCUGCACUGCCCCUUCAACGUAUCUUGGGGGCUUGCCGUCGUCAAGUGGAAAUGGACUGCGCAUCAGAACAGAGCAAGGCUUGGAUUACCUUAAUGGUGAGGGCAUGACCCCUCCAGAACUUGGUGCAGAUGAACCUUGGGCUUCCUGUUUGCUUUUAGCCCAAAGUGGGUGGGAGGAAUUGCUGAAAUGGAAGUCAAUACAACGUGAACCACCAGCAGGUAGCCCUGGAGAGGGUGGAGGCGAACACUUUGGUUUGGCAGCAGAGGAAACGCAGCAGUCCACACGUCAGGCAGAAGGAAGUUCUUCCUCUUCAGAUGAUGAUAUUGGAGAGCCUCCUCCUCCAAUAAGUGAAAUUCGACAGCGUUUACCAUUAACUGACUUGGCAAAGGGCUUUGCACCUUGUAUCUGCUCCCGUGGAGCAGGAGAUAAAAGGGGCCCAGUUGAGGGCCAUUCUGAUGGGACUGGUUUCAAUAGGGGACACAUUGGGCAUCUUCACUCACUGACGUCCUAUGGCAAAAGCCUUCAUGAAAUGGUAGAAAGUCAGCAUAUGUCAGGAGCAUCACCAGCAGUUGCAGAUAGAGGGGACAUUAUGUCUUCCCCAGGGAAAACGUUAAAUUCAGAAAAUGCACCUGAAGGACCUGCUUCUCCCUGCCCUUCUUCUACUGGGAGCACUCUAAGUUUACCAAGAGACACAGGUGGACUUACCCACAAGAGUGCAACUCAGGAGUCACAAGAUGAUUUUUUUCAGCCCCCAUCUAUGGCUCCCAAUUCUUCCUCUUCUGACCCACAAGAUGCACUUAUUCCCUCCACCGAGCCCCGAACACCUCACAUCCCAUCUCCAGCUAAAUUUCUUAAGUUUUUGAAGCUUCCAGGCUCAGGGGAGAAGUCACAGAGUCCAAAUUCUUUAAGGCUCAGCCCUCAGCUCACUCAAACCUCCAAAAUUCCUUGUCGGAGCAAUAAUUAUGAGGCAUUUCCCUCUCCGCGCCCAAGUAGGAAGGCAGCUGACGAAAUACCUCGUCCGGAAGUGGAUGUUGAUCCACCAUCUCCGUCUGAAUUAAUAAACUCUGAUAACAAUAGGCAAGGGCAAACUGAAAGUUCUAGCAGCUUACUAAGUAGAUCUGCAGUACAGUGUUGUACCAAAAAGUCUCAUGAUUAUGAGAAUAUUCCUGCUAAAAAUUCAGAACUUUCCACUGCAAACCAAACUGUUGAAGAUUUGGAGGGUUCUUCAAAGUUGGUUAGUUCAGUUUGUUCUUUUGGCUGUUCCCCUGGACUUUGUGCUCAUUCCCAAGUAAAUUGUACAGAAGAUCGUAGUCAGGCAUUCAAUAGAAAACAUAUAACUUCCAGAAAAACUGUAGAGUCUCCUGGCCAUCUCCCAUUUAAAGAAAGAAUAGGAAAACUGAGGAGUUCAGACAGCCAACAGUCUGAGCUCGCGGUUUCAGGAACUGAGAAUGUUAGGGUAAUAACUGAUGGACCUGACCUCCGCCCAUCAAUGAAGCGAUCCUUAGCUGUUAGUAGUUUAAGGACUCCUGAACCUGGAUCCACUGAGAGUUAUCCACCACGGUACCAUGGCCAAAAAUCUGAUUCUGCUCGCACUCGACAGCCUACCACAAAUUGUCCACCUGGUUCUCCUCAUGGACCGCGUAAUCAACCUCGCGCACCACCUGUCCCUAGCAAAUCUCCUCGCAGCCCUCAUGGCAGUCCAACAAAGUUACCUGCAAAAUCCCCAAGUAAAGCAACAGCCAAACCUCUUGUAUCCCGACCUCUAAGUGAAGAGUUGAGGCCUAGUCCUCGGCAACCUACAUCCUCUAGUGAAGAUAAGCAAAGGAUGCAAUCUGCUGGUAUAGGAAAGAAAGCUGGUACAUGUCCAGAGUAUGCCUGUCCUCGUAGCACAGGCCCACAGGGUACAGAAAGUCUUCCACUAAGUGCUCUGCAUUCCGCUAUAGAAGAAAAAGUCAUGAAGGGCAUUAAAGAGAACAUGUUAAGGUUACAGGAACAACAUCGCUCGCCUCCAUCAGAUCCUAAGCAGCGUAAUUCCAGUGGUAUUGCCAGCUGGUUUGGCCUAAAGAAAAGUAAGCUGCCUGCACUUAGCCGUAGACCAGAGGCUGGACGAGUGAAAGAGGAAAAGCGGGACAGGGCUGCUGGAGGUUCUCCUCGGACUAGAGAUGUAAAAGGUGAAAGCUUAAAUAUCUCCAUGUUAAUGGAAAAAGCAGAAGAUCUGAGAAAAGCUCUCCAGGAGGAGAGGGCCUAUAUUAAUGGACUUUCUCUGGAUAAAAAUCGUAUACCGGUGCCUGUGGACCCGACACAAAAUCAGAGGUCUUUGACUGCGGACAACUUUAUGCAACAGCUUUUGAAUCGAAAGAUGUCCCAUCAUGACUCGCUGUCACCAGGACAGGAAAAGACUGUGAAUCUCCCCAACAGGGACACAGACAGCAAAAAAACACAAAAAACUGUCUACUAUGGGGUGGAUGGGAAAGAGCCACCUCUGGAAGGCCGUCUAGAAGGGAAGACACCUCUGCGUGACUUUCCUAGAUUAUCACCUGAGAACAAGGAAGUUCGACCCUUUCGGCCUCCAAGGAAUGGGAUGGUCACACAUGUCCAGCGAUGUGAACAGAAGAACAUAGAUCAGAUCAGAGAAGUGUCUCUUCCCCCUGAUGAGAGGAUUUCUGAAUCGAUCAAUUCACAGCAUUUUGCAGCUUGCGACUCACUCACUCGGACCCUGGACAGUGGUAUUGGGACAUUUCCUCCACCCGAUUACUGUGGAGGAACGCCAAACAAAAGUGCCCCGAAGAUAAAGCCCAGGCAGGAGUCUCCCUCUGUCCUUCCAGUGGGAAGGUUUUCUGCUUUCCCGAAGGUUCCCAGAAGAGCACGGACUUUGGAGAGGGACAUGAGGGGUGUAGAGGAAAUGUACCCCCCAGGACAGCAUCAGAGUAUUCCAGCAUUCCAUGCACUGUUGGCAGAGCCAGAACCUACUGUGGGACACAGGAUGUAUAGAGAAGAUUCCAGUAGAGAUCACAGUUUGCCACAGCAGAACAAGAACUGGACCUUUCCCAAUGCCAAGAUCAAUGCUGGCUCUGCAGAGAGCUUCCGGUCAAGAGUGCAUGAUCUGGAAGAGAUCCCAUCAGAAGGAGACAGAGACUGUGACAUGUCUGGGUAUGCCCACCCAUCAAUCUGUUUCCCGGGCACUGUGAGCAGCCGCACUCCCAGCACUUCAGAAGUUGGCGACGAGGGUACAAGUGAAGCUAAAUCUCGAGACAACGAGCAGGGUCAGACAGGGCUGGAGAACUCUGAAUCCUUGAGUGAUUCACUCUACGACAGCCUGUCGUCUUGCGGGAGCCAAGGCUAAUGGCGCAUUCCUACACCACCUUACUAGUACAAGCUGCCGGACACCUAGAUUAACAUUGCAGAUGUAAACUGACCAUACUGGCUGCUUGUAGGUGCUAUUCUAUGUGGAGUCUUUGUCCUUUUCAUGACCAUAUUGCUCCUCUAGAAAGACCUUGUCCAUCCCACAUGAGCCUCAAUACCCCCAAGUAUUAGCAACAUACUAGAGUCUUGUUGCCUCAGACCUUGCAGGUAAAAGUCCUGAUAUCCCGCGGAACUGUUGCCUCAGCCUUUGCCUCGUUCUGUCCCAGUCUGCGGUGGGUCCUGUGGUUUGCUCCCCUAUUUCAUAGGUUGCCAUCGUUCUUGUAUUCUUUGUUUUUGUUGUGUCAUCUAUGGGUUGCCCCUUUACUAUGCAUCUAUUACCACCAGCUUAAUUGAUGUCCUUUACAGCAGGAAGACUGGUGAAGGGGGAUUUCACAGGUUAAUAGAUUACCUCACAUCUCCGUCUCGCUAAUCAGUACCCCAACUAUGUGUUAAUGCACUGAUCCAGAAGCUGAAUACCACCUCUUAAUUUUAUCAGGGAGCACGUCUGGAAAGGAAGAAGUUAUUUUUUAGCUGCCUAUCUGGAGUUAUUGUGAUCAUUAUUGGGGAGUAUUGACCAGUUUGACCAGAUGUGACACUUCCGUGACCCCUAGAUUUCUUCUUUUUUUUUAUUUUAUUUUUUUAUUUGUUCCUUUUUUUUAUUUUGGUUUAUACUUGUGCUGUUUUAUAUAAAUAUAUAUUUUUAUUUGUGUAAAUGUUUAGUUUUUACUUUCCUUUUUUUAUGCAUAGUGUUGUUUUUAUUUCGAUGCUGUUGCUCUCAAGAUGGUGCUAACCAGGAAAAAUAUUCUUUGUCAGGUUUUUUUUCCCCCUCAUUUUUCCUUAAAUUUUUUUUUUUAAUUUUAUAUCAUUCUUUGUUUUAUUUAUAUAAGUUAUUGUGACUGUUUUUCUGCCUCACUUUCCUUUUAAGCUAAAAUAAAAAAAAAAUCUAAAUAUA